CUGACAGAUGUCACAAUCCUGGAUCGAAACUCAACCCGAACAGAAGUGAAUAGAAACCAACAAACAUUAACUUCCCUGCUGGACAAAUUGGGCUCAUUCCCAGCAGGAACCAAAGCCUGUGCACAGUGAAGAAAAGAAUUAUGGGUUUGUUUCAAGUACAUCCCCGCAAUCUGGACACAUACAUUUACGAAAAUCUCCAACCUGAUGAAAGGUUUUUGAACCAAGUGGCUGAGACCAUUGACAAGAUUUGUACGUUCUUAAAGGAACAAUGUCCCUACAAAAUCAGUAAAGCUGUGAAGGGUGGAUCCCUUGGAAAAGGAACAGCUGUAAAAAAUGGCGCUGAUGCAGAUUUGGUUGUCUUUCUCAACAACUUCAAGAGAUUUGAAGACCAAACGGGAAACCGGACUGAAAUUUUGAGAGUCAUUUCUGAUCUGUUGUUGAAAUAUGAGAAAAACAUUGGACAUCAGAUCAAAAUGACACCGCCCAAAAUAAAUCACAGUUCUUCUCCUCCUCGCUCCCUCAACUUCCAGUUUAAAUCCACAAGAUCGUCUGAUUUUGUUGAGGUCGAUGUUCUCCCUGCAUUUGAUGCCUUAGGUCAAGUAACAUGGACUCAUGCUCAAGUCUAUGAAGCUCUCAUUGCUACCGGAGAAUGUGGUGGAGAAUUCUCAGCAUGCUUCACCGAACUUCAGAGGGACUUUGUAAAGACCCGUCCCACUAAACUUAAAAGCCUUAUCCGACUUGUGAAGUAUUGGUAUACUGAGAAAGUCCGUCGCCCCUGUAAAUGCCGACUGAGACCCGGAGAGUAUUUACCACCGAAGUAUGCUCUCGAGCUGCUGAUCAUCUAUGCAUGGGAGAGCGCUGAGAAGGGAGAAAAUUUCAGCACCGCGGAAGGAUUUCACACCGUUCUGGAACUGAUUGUCCAGUACGAAGACCUUUGGAUAUUUUGGACCACAAACUACAACUUUGACUCUUCCUGCAUUGCCAUAUUUCUGAAAAACAAACUUAAAGAACCAAAACCAAUGAUCCUUGACCCCGCAGACCCAACAGGUAACGUUGCUGCAGCAGCGAGAUGGGAUCUAGUGGCAGAAGCGGCCAAGUACUGUUUGCAGCAGAACUGUGUGAAAGAUGUCAACUUCUGGGACGUUAAGCCAGGGAAGACAUUUGAAAUCACUGUGAUCGGCCUGGAUGGUAAUUCAUUACGACUAACGGCCAACAUUUAUUUCAAGGUCUCUGCUCUCAAACGCGACAUUCAGCAAAAUUGGACCAUUCCAGUCUCCCAGCAACGCCUGGUAUUCAGUGGCACCAUUUUGGAUGAUGGCAACACAUUGUUGGAUGCCAUGAUCUUCUUUGAUGCAACGAUCCAGCUACUCGUCACCAUAGGUAUAUUUGUCAAUCACAAUGGGAGUAAUCUGUCAAUUCAGGUUUCCCCAAACGACAAGGUUUCCAGUUUAAAAACUAACGAACCUCUGAAGACCCUCCAACCAAGUCAGUACUACUUGACCUUUCAAUCUCGCCAACUUGAAGAUGAACGUACACUGGAUUAUUAUGACAUUAAGCAACAAUCUACCAUCUAUGUCAACCUGCGACUGCGUGGUGGCAGCGAACUACAAUGUUUUAAUGCAAAUUCAAUGUUCCUGCCUUCUCCCCAUAUCUCCUGACUUCGCUAUUUUUAAGAGCCCUAU